AAUAUGCUAAAUAAUCAUUGUACGCGCGCAUUCAGUGACAGCCAAGAACAGAUCAGUAGGUACUAUACGAUUUGAUGUCAAGAACAUAAAACACUUGUCUAUCGCGCUGUACAGAAAUGGAUGAUCAACUAGGGCCGGUCAAUCUUGAAGUACAGUACGACUAUCUGUUCAAAAUCCUGUUAAUAGGGGAUUCGGGCGUCGGGAAAUCAUGUCUACUGCUUCGAUUCGUCGACGACUCACAUCGAGAAAGCUACUUGAGUACCAUCGGAGUAGAUUUCAAAAURAAGACAAUACGACUUGAUGGYAAAGUUAUAAAAUUACAGAUAUGGGAUACCGCUGGUCAAGAAAGGUUCAGGACAAUAACGUCGUCAUAUUAUCGRGGUGCUCAUGGUGUAAUGAUUGUUUACGACAUCACAAAACGAGAAACUUACAACAAUCUYCACAAAUGGCUCAUAGAGGUUGAGACUUAUGCUGCCGAAGGAGUACUAACUAUGCUUGUGGGCAAUAAAAUAGACUUAGACAGUGACCGAGAGGUGUCUGAAGAAACUGGUAGAGAAUGGGCUAUGUCACAUGACAUGCCGUUCAUUGAAACUAGUGCACGAGGCUCUAAAAAUGUUAAGGAUGCUUUUUUUCUGCUAGCAAGYCUUUUGAACACUCAUAUCACUGAAAACCUUAAAGCUAAAAAGGGMAUUAUUAUAGGUGAAAAUGGAAAUGUCAGCGGACAUGAUGUUGACGGCAGUCCUCCAAAAUGUGCUUGUAACUGAAUAAUAUUAUAAUAAAGGUAGUCUAGGAGGAGGGGUUUCGAGGGGGGAAGCAUUGAUUGUUUAAAAGCUUACCAAACUCUCCUUUAUCAUGGGUUUGGUUAUUUUUUUGAGAAAAUGAGAGAUUGUUAAUGGUAAAUUUCUMCUCACAAUUUGAGUUUUACUAGUGAAAUAUUUGUGUAAGUAGGAUUUUUUUAAGUUAAGUGUUUUGAUUAAUCAACUUUACUGGACUUUGCUCAUCUCCUGACUUUAUUUUUAUGCUGAAAUUUCCUAGGAAUGUACCGAACAAUAUUAUAAUACUGGGUGGAAUUUUACCUUUAAUGUUACCAAUGAAGUAGUCAUUUUAUACAAAAUAUGUUGGUCUUUGGACAAGAUGAAGCAAUCUGCAUGAAAAGAUCACUGGCUAUUAGAAAAUAUAAUGUUGAAACAGACUGGAGGUAAAUUACAAUAAUGUAUUAUCUGGUUAUAUGAAUUAGCUUAAGAAAAUCUUAGUUUUAAAAAUGAGUGUAUUAUAUUUUUAUAUACUGUUGAUUAAAGGAGUAAAAAGUUAUUCAGCUGGACUAGAUAAUUUAAGUUAUUAGUUUAAUAAAUAUAAUAAAAUAAACUGAAAAUAUUGUGGGUUGAUGAAAAUAAUCAAGAAAGUUCAAAGUAAAAU